AUGUCUUCAUCCUUGACGCAGGAGAUUAAAGCUCCCAAUGGAGUGGUCUUUCAACAGCCGCUUGGCUUGUUUGUUGGUGGAGAAUGGGUCAAGUCCAAGGCCGGGAACAAAAUCGCAACUAUCAAUCCAUCCACCGAAGAAGAGAUAUGCCAGGUAUACGCCGCGGAAGAGGACGAUGUCGACAUUGCCGUAGCUGCAGCCAGGAAGGCCUUCAAGGACCCAAGCUGGUCCGACAUCGAGACAUCUGAGCGAGGCAGGUUGUUGCACAAACUCGCCGACUUGGUGGAACGUGAUGCGAAAAUCAUCGCUACCAUCGAGACGAUGGAUAACGGAAAGCCGUACAAGACGGCUUUCGAUGAAGAUGUAGCGGGGUGUAUUGAAGUAUUUAGACAUUAUGCUGGUUGGGCGGAUAAAAUUUACGGCAGAACUAUUGAUACUUCUCCCAAGAAGCUUGCUUACACUAGGCAUGAGCCGAUUGGCGUCUGUGCUCAGAUCAUCCCAUGGAAUUACCCACUUUUGAUGGGAGCAUGGAAGCUUGGACCAGCUCUCGCUACGGGCAAUGUCGUGAUUAUGAAAACAGCUGAGCAGACUCCGCUGUCGGUCUUAUACUUGUGCAAUCUCAUCAAAGAAGCUGGUUUCCCUCCAGGUGUCGUCAACGUCCUUAGUGGCUAUGGCAAGACUGCUGGAGCAGCACUUGUGCAACACCUAGAUGUGGAUAAGAUUGCCUUUACCGGUUCCACAUUCACAGGAAAGCAGAUCAUGAAGAUGGCGUCCGUGAAUUUGAAGAAUAUUACCCUCGAGACCGGAGGAAAGAGCCCGAAUAUCAUCUUCGAUGAUGCCGAAAUAGACCAAGCCAUCAAAUGGACUCAUUCUGGCAUCAUGAGCAACAUGGGACAGGUCUGCACUGCAACCUCGAGAGUCUACUUGCAUGAGAAAAUAUACAAUCAGUUCAUCGAAGAGUUCAAGAAGUUCAUGGCUGAGGUCAAUGUGAUCGGUGAUCCAUUUGAAGAAACCACUUUCCAAGGGCCUCAAGUUUCGAAAGCUCAGUAUGACAAGAUAUUGGGAUACGUCGAAACCGGUCUAUCUGAAGGAGCAGAGUUGAUCUCGGGAGGAAAGAAGCACGGUGACAAAGGUUACUUCAUCCAGCCUACUAUUUUCGCAGGUGUAAAAGAUCACAUGGCUAUAUCUCGUGAAGAAAUCUUCGGCCCAUUCGUCUGCUUCUCAAGUUUCAAAACUGAGGAAGAAGUGAUCGAAAGGGCAAAUGACACAACCUACGGGUUGGGGGCAGCAGUGUUUACCAGGGAUAUCGAACGUGCCCACAAGGUCGCAGCGAAACUACAAGCUGGAAUGGUAUGGAUCAAUAGCUCAAACGAUUCACACACCGGAAUCCCCUUCGGUGGCGUCAAGCAAUCUGGUAUCGGUCGGGAACUUGGUGAGUAUGGCCUUCAGGCGUAUACGCAGGCGAAGGCAGUGCACGUCAAUCUAGGAAACAGGUUGUAA